UUAGUAUAGUACAGAUCAGUGGUGUCUACAUGCACGUAGAAUUCUAGAAACGUGGAUUGCAUGAACUGCCACUUGGUGCAAAACGAGGCCUGAGAGACAACCAGCUAAGCAAAGAUGGAAGUUGGAACAGCUGUGAAAUAAUUCAAUCUGGGAGCACGCUGCCCACAGUUCCAUUUGCUGUUCCAGUUUCAGCCUGCAGGCAUGAAACCUGAUACUCGGUGGGAUCAUCUAGUUGACACGGUGCUAUGGCAGCCCCCUGAUAAAUCCUUCAGUAAGAAUAUCAUUGAGCAUGGUCACGGAAUAUCAGCACCAAGAGAGGGCGCCACCUGUCAAGUCGUCGUAAAUCAGCUAACGGACUGCGCACUGGACGAGGAGACAUGCACUGUGAAGCUAGGCGUUCCGACGGAGAUAACAGUAGGCGAUGGCGACCUACCCAUCGACGAAAUCAUCGACAAAUGUGUGGAGUCGAUGAAACGGGGAGAAGUUUGCGAGGUUUCGUUCCCACAUCCGGCCGUGUGGCGUGCACCACCAGGUGUCUCUGUCUGUGGAGACGACGGGAAAACUGUCAUGGCAAGAUCCUCCACUGCUAUUGUGCCUGAAGAUAACGAAGGCACAAGACACCCUGUUGAGAGUGAAGUGAGCGCCGCCGUGGCAGACGGAACAUCACACGAUCCCGCAGAACACACUGCAGACAGAACUUCACGUGAUCCCGCAGAACACACUACAGACAGAACUUCACGUGAUCCCGCAGAACACACUGCAGACAGAACUUCACGUGAUCCCGCAGAACACACUACAGACGGAACAUCACGUGAUCUUGCAGAACGCACUGCAGAUGCCGCAGAUGGAGCGUCGUGUGAUCCCAUGGAACACACGACAAAUGCCACAGACAGAACAUCACGCGAUCCCUCGGAACGCACUGCGGCUGGAACAGCUCGCGAUCCCGUCGAAUGUUCCGGCAACAUCACAGACAGAACGUUAAGCGAACCUGUCGAGCACACCGCAGACAGAACAGCGCGCGACGCGGCGGAUCGCGGCGACGACUCGGCGCGGCUGCGUCUGCGCGUGAGCCUGCUCGAUUUCCCCGACGACGUCGCUGAGGUGUGGGCGAUGACGACGAGCGAUCGUCUGCGCGUCGCCGCGCGCCACAAGCACGCCGGCGUCGCGCUGUUCCACCGCGGCGCCCUCGCGCCCGGCCGACGAGGGGCUGGCACGGCCGGGAUGAAGAAGACUGUUCAGCAGCGCGUGCAUGCUGUGAUUGGCCGCGGCGACGACGAGGCUUGUCGUUGCGGGAUGAGAAAUGUUCAGCAGCGCGUGAUGCUGUGUUGCCGCGGCGACGAGGGGCUGGUGCGGGGGAUGAAGAAGAUGUUCAGCAGCGCGUGA